CUGGAGCUGUGCUGUCCUCUGCUCUGUCAGGUCCCUGCCCUGCCAGUGCUCCCAGAUCUGAGCUGAGUGUGGGGCCCUGGGCAUGUGUGAGAGGCUGGUGGCAUGGCCAGGCCCAGCCAUGCUUGGGGACAGGAGCCAGGGGGACAGGAGUCAGGCAGCUCCUUUGUGCUGGCAGCAACAACUGGGGGAAGCAUGGCAAUGGCCUCUCCCAAAUCCAGAGCCUUUAGCCCCGCUUCAGUGUGAGCCUGGCAGUCCAGUCUCUGCUGAGGCUGCAGCAGCUGAGGUGUGGGUGCUGAUGCCACCUCACCACAGCAUCCUCCCGGUUGCUGUGGGAACCACAGGGGCUGCCAGCUCCCUGGCCCCCGGGGCUAAUUACUGCCAGCGGGGAGGGCCGCAGGGGGAGGCGGGGGAGCUGCCUCAACUCUGGUUUGGUUGGACUCGAUGAACUUAGAGGUCUUUUCCAACCUAAAUCUGUGAUUCCACGAUUCCUGCACAGCCUUCAGCACCUCUGCAUGCUACAGGCUUGACUGUGGUCCUGCCCUGGAAGGGGCUGAGCUCACAGAGCCAGCAUGGACCAGCCUCAGCAGCUCAGCCCUUUGCAGCGCCCAGAGGAUGCCUGGCAUGGGGACCUUCUGCUGGAGCCUGGCUAAUGGCACGGCUGGCGGGGGGCCAGGGGGCUGGCGCAGGGCCCCACCCAGGGGUGGGUGAUGAGGGAGUGGGUGCCGAAGGACUGCAGCACAGGCCACCUGCCCCCACCUGGUGCCAGGCGCUUGCCCCAUCCCCUGGCCUGGCCCACAGCCCUCACCGUAACUCUGGGAUCCUGGGAGGGGCCCAGGUCUCCAACCAGGGCCGUGGACCCUGUGGCUGGUGAUCCGUGCCUGGGUGGAGAAGGAGCUCCUGGCCCGUCCUGCUCCUGGCCCCAGAACCUCAUUACUGAUGCUCCCGCCUCCGCCCUGGUCCCUGUGGACUGAGCCUGAGUGAGUACAGGAGGCUCUAAUGGCUCUGAGCAGCUCUUGAUGGGUUGCGAUGGAGGCGGGAGCAGGAGUGGCUGUGGUUUCUGCCUCCAUUGGAGCCAGAGCUGCCUCUGCUCAGGGUCGGCCAGGAUGAUGCUGGGUGGGCUCCUGCUCCAGCUGCUCCUCACCGUGGCUCUGUUACCCAGCAUCUUUGGGACAGGUACAGCCCCACUGCUGCCCCUCCUGUUCCCUGAACCUGUCCUCCCCAUCCCUGACGGAUCCCCCCAAAUCCCUUGGGGGUUGCUAUCUGACAGCCUAGAACAGAGGUUGGAGGGGUCUGUGCUAGGAGACAGUGGUCAACACUGGGAGGGGGAGGCUUAUGCUGGGGAUGGUGGCCCAGGUGUGGUGGUCCUGGGGUUGGUCCCACUGCAGCUCGUGUGUGGGGUGUAAUUGCUCUCUCCAUGGGGUCAUGGGGAACAGGGAGGGGUUCAGCUUGCAGAGAUGGGGGCUGACCUGAUGUCCCCGAGGGCUUUCCCCUCCCUUCUGCCACCACCCCCCUCCUCACCCAUAUUUGCCCUUGCUGAGGCCAUGGCAAGCACUGGUGGUCACGGCACAUGGCACACACGGGGGCAGGCACUGCUGGGGGGCUGGAGCCCACACUAAGCUGAGCCGAGGGUCCCUGUGUCAUUUUAGCCAGGUCCCCUGGGGCUAGAGAGCUGCAGCCCAGCCCAGUUCAUGCCUGCUGGGACUGGGAGGGCUCUGCUCUACGGCAUUCCUGCAAGGGCCACCUUGCUGGAGCUGGCAGCCUGUCCUGCCGGCACCGUGUGGCUCUGUGACCCACACAGUGGGGACUCAGUCCCGGCCCUCUCCAAGCCCCUGCUACCCACCGCAGUCUCCGUGCAGAACCUGCACCUCUGUGAGGGCUACGUUGGCCACGACGGCCGCUCCCACCCCGGCUUCUACUGCCCACGGCUGACUGACCCCCCCGGCCAACGCUACUGCUGCCAGCCCAGCCCGCGUGCCCUCAAGUCCUGCUGCUCCCAGCUGGCCUUGGAGGCCCUCACCGGGGUGAACCUCUCCAGCCUGGCCAGUCCUGACCUACUGCGGAACCCACUGGCCUUGCCCUUCGUUGGGCUCUACGCGCUCCUUGUCCUCCUGCUCAUGGCCAUCGACCUCUGCCAUUUCUACCGGACCCGACGCUGCCACCCCGCCCGCCUCCUGCCCUGCACCCGUUGCCUGCCCUGCAGACCCCGGGAAGGGCACCCACCCCGUGCCCAGCCUUCCCACGGUGCCCCCAGCCUGACACGCCCCAGCCGGGGCUGCUGAGGGUCCCGCGGGUGGGGCAGGGCGGGGGGCGUGGGGGGUGGCCUCG